AAAAGGGAGGAGCCUCGUAUAUCAAUCAUAAACAAACUGGUCUAGCACUGAACUCAACUGCCCGUAAAAACUAAAACCUCGCCGGAAAACGCACCCGGAGUUUCUCAUCCGACGCCACAAACAGCUAAUGCUGUGGAAUUCUUUUUGAUGAGAUGGAUCCAACCCAUUUUACAACUGAUUUCUUGCCCAUAACAUUGAAUCCGUCGUCUACUUACCUUCAAUUUUCUUUUCUUAAACCUUUACAUAAGACCCCAAACCUAAAAUUUCAAUCCCACAAACGAUUCAAUGUUGUCUCAUUCUCUCAAAACGAGAAACAAAUUAGUGAAUUCCCGAUUUCUAGCAAGAAUCAUAAUGCCUGCAGCUCAAGACACAUUGGGUGUUAUGCGGGUCGUAGCAAGAAGUCUGGUGGUGGAUCAUCUUCUGGUAGACUUGAAGGUAAUGCUGAGUUUCGAAGGCGGUUGAAGCGCAAUGCCAGGGCGAAAAGUAAGAAGCUUGCCGAGUCUUUAUUCUAUAGGUUGAAGAAUCCAAGGGGACGAGGGAAUUAUCCUGAUAACUUUUCGGAGGAUAUGCUUCAACAAAUUGGUCUUGGAUAUGAUCGAACAGUCCGGUUCAUGGGGAAGGAUGAUCCGAAUUUACGCAACCCUUAUGAUUGGUAUAAAUAUGGUGAAUAUGGGCCGUAUUCAUGGCGUGGAAUUGUUGUUGGUGAGCCGGUUAGUGGUGGGAUUACAGAUGAGUGCGUGACAAUAAUUAAUGAAGUUAAGGAUCAUGAAGAGUGGGAAGAGAUUGAGAAAUCUGAAAUGGCUGCUGAUUUUGGGGAAAAAGUUAAGCAGUUGGAUCAAACUAAAUUAAGGUAUUUUUGGGUUUUUAUUAGGCAUCCGAAGUGGAGAGUUUCAGAACUUCCUUGGCAGCAAUGGACAUUAGUUAGUGAAGUUGUACUUGAAGCUGGUAAGCAGAGAUUGGAUAAGUGGACUUUGAUGGGUAGACUUGGGAACAAGGCGAGGUCAUUGGUGGCGCAAUGUGCAGCGUGGAUGAGACCUGAUAUUGUGUAUGUCAAGCGGCCGGUGUUCCAGUGUAGGUUUGAGCCGCAAGAUAACUUUUUCAAUGCAAUAAUUCCAUUUCUUGAUCCUAGCACUGAACAUGAUUACCUUUGUGAGUUACAGAACGAUGAUGGCACUGUCGAAACGUGUACUUAUUAUGGUGGAUUAUGUAAGCUCGUGAAGGUGAAUCAAAAGGCUUUUGUUGAUGAUGUGGUUAAUGCGUAUCAGAAAUUGAGUGAUGAGAAAAAGUCAAAAUGUUUGGAGUUUCUUUUGACCAAUCAUCCGGUGCAAAUGUUACAUCCAUAUACUAAAGAGUGGAAGGCUAAGUUGGAAGAGAUGGAGCUGGGUUGUGAUGCUCCUGAUGAAGAAGAUGAUGAUAUCGCUGGCGAUAAUGAUACUGAGAUUCUAGAUUGGAUUGAGGAUGAAGGUAGUGAUGGGGAUGCUGAAAUUGAUGAUGAGGAUGAUGAUGACGAUUAUGAUUACGAUAAUGAAGAGGGGGAGGAGGAGGAGAUUGAUAAUUUUGAUGUCAAUGAAGACCAAGAUCUAGUUAUGGACAUGGAAGAAAGCAAAGAUGGUAAAUUUCAUGCCACAGAAGAGGGUACACUUGCUGGCAAAGAUGUGGAGGACUGGAAGGAGUUUCGAAAAGCAACAAAUAGUGCAGAGGCAAUAGAAAACUUGGCAAAGAGGAGUUCUGAGAUCUCUACAAAGUUAUAUAAGAAGCAAAUGAUGACACCGGAGGAGGCAGAGGAAGAAAUGAUGCAUUCGGUAGAUGGAGACGAAAUUGUGUUGAGAGGAAAGCGACCAAAGGUUAGUCCAGAAGAGUGGAAGUAUGUUGGGAUGGGUCCAUGGAGAAAAAAGAUUAAGAAGAGCAAACUUCCUCCAGAGCUAUUUCUGCGAGCGGCUGUUCGACCGUUCAAUUACAGAAAUCUUGUUAAAGAGAUUGUUUUAACUAGGCAUGCAAUUUUGGAUGGUGAUAUUGGUAGGAGAGAUUAAGAGCAUUAUAUAUGAAGGGUAUAGUUUUGUAGUAGUGAUAUUGACAAAUCUUUGAUGGUUCAGCGGCUUUCGGUUCCCAUCAUGUAAGUUGAGAAAAUUAGUAGAAUGAAUUUUUCUCCAUGCUUUUGUGGAAGGAUUUUUUUUUUUUUUAUGCUUACCUAGUUUCUGAAAAAGAUUAUGAAAGCAUACAACAUCAAUUUAUUUAUA